AUGACAGAGAAGGUUAACGAAUUACACAAAUACAGAAGAAGGUGUGCCAAUGGUAUGAGAGAACUGUACCUGCACUGUGCUGUACCAACUGAUGAUGCUGCUCUGGAAACUUAUUUUCCCAGUCCUUUCGGGAAGGAGGUUCCUAAGCUACCUACCCAGGCUCCUCCUAUGGCUCUUCUUACUCCAACAACUCCAAACAGCACUAAUCUUUGUUCUCCCAGCACCUGCCAGCUGGGAUCCUCUCUCUACAGUGGCUGUCAGGAGACCUGCUGUGAGCUGGCCAGCUGCCCAGCAGGGUCUUGCUACUACCCAAGGAUCUCCAUGAUCUGCAGUCUACUAAUUAGUUUAUAUCAUAUCUAUCGGUCCAGCAGUGUCUUUUCUCCGUGUUAUGGAUCUAGUAGCUGCUACUCACUAGGUGGUUUCAGACCCUUAGGUUAUGGAGCCUGUGGUUUCUCUUUCCUGAACUAUGGAUCCAGUUUCUGCCACCCAGUUGACUUUGUUUCUGGUAGCCUCCAGCCUUCUUGUUGCCAACCUAACUAUGUGUCUGUUUUCUGCUAA